UGCCUGGGCUGUGGCUCAGCUCUUGGAGGGAGCUGAGCACCAGGCAGCGGUCUCAAGUCAAGCCCCCUGCCAGCAUGGCCAGCGAGUUCAAGAAGAAGCUCUUCUGGAGGGCAGUGGUGGCCGAGUUCCUGGCCAUGACCCUCUUUGUCUUCAUCAGCAUCGGUUCUGCCCUGGGCUUCCAUUACCCGCUAAAGAACAACCAGACAGCAGGUGCAGCCCAGGACAACGUGAAGGUGUCUUUGGCCUUUGGGCUGAGCAUCGCCACACUGGCCCAGAGCGUGGGCCACAUCAGCGGUGCCCACCUCAACCCGGCUGUCACUCUGGGACUGCUGCUUAGCUGCCAGAUCAGCGUGCUCCGGGCUCUCAUGUACAUCAUCGCCCAGUGCGUGGGGGCCAUUGUCGCUACUGCCAUCCUCUCGGGCAUCACCUCCUCCCUGCCCGACAACUCACUUGGCCUCAACCAGCUGGCCCCAGGCGUGAACUCCGGCCAAGGCCUGGGCAUCGAGAUCAUCGGCACCCUGCAGCUGGUGCUCUGUGUGCUGGCCACCACCGACCGGAGGCGCCGUGACCUCGGGGGCUCGUCCCCACUUGCCAUUGGCCUCUCUGUGUCCCUGGGACACCUGCUGGCAAUUGACUAUACGGGAUGCGGCAUUAACCCUGCCCGGUCCUUCGGUUCCUCAGUGAUCACUCACAACUUCAAGGACCACUGGAUUUUCUGGGUGGGGCCAUUCAUCGGGGGAGCCCUGGCUGUGCUCAUCUACGACUUCAUCCUGGCCCCACGCACCAGCGACCUCACAGACCGCGUGAAGGUGUGGACCAGCGGCCAGGUGGAGGAGUAUGACCUGGAUGGUGAUGACGUCAACUCCAGGGUGGAGAUGAAGCCCAAGUAGAGGGGGCCUGGCCCGGGCAUCCCCGUGGGGGUCGGGGGCAGGGGCGGGCGGAGGGGGGGCAUGAAAUCCAUAUUGUAGGCACUCUGACAAGCCGGCCAACAUUACUUCCCAAAGAUCCACCAGACCUGCGUGGUCAAGCCUGAUUUGGGGCUCUAUCACUUUCUUUCUUUUUCUCUGUUUUCUGGCCUCUGGGCUUUCUGGAGACUAAGAUUUGCCAAUCACCGCUCCCUUGAAGUCAUGGAGGAGGUAGAAGAGAGGAACCCACCUGCUAUGUUGUCCCCUCAGAGUGUGAUGGGAGGUGUGCCAGAAAGCUCCCCCUCAUCCCAGAGCUGCUCACCAGCUCAUCUGCCGCAGGUGCCUGGUGCUUCACCGUUACUGCUGUGUGCCGUUGGCCAUGGCCUCCUCCUUCGGGGACCAUGUGCUUUUCCCCCGGGUGCUUGGAGGGGAAGAGACCCAGGAGGUGCAGGGGCAGGGGCAGAUAA